AAAUAUUAUUUGGCCAAUUACUUUGUAAUUUGUACUAAUAUAACAUUAAUACAUUCGACUUCAUGUAUAUACAUAAUUUCGUAUAACAAUAUUUACCAUAGGGAUAUAUGUAUUCGUAGGGGAAAAAAAUCGGGGUUCCUAAUUAAUCUAAUUAUACACUGUGGGCUGUAUAUAAAUGACCAAUAGAAAUUGUGGGCCUAAUGAUUGCUAUAUUCAUGGCGGUGUCUACCUGUCAAAUAAUAUACGUCCAAAUGUCAAAGUUUAUAUAUGUACAUAAAUUUUAUAACAUCGACUACUUGCAAAACUAUGUAUAACUUUGCACUUUGACCGUGCGAUUUUUACACAUAUCAUAUAAAAUGAGCAGCGCUCUAUUAUAAAUAAGGUUAAAAAGAUACAUGCGUAUUUAAUAGAGUUAAUCUUAAGGACUCCCAAGGAGGAAUGUAUUCCGAAUGGGCUUCUCUAAGCAUUUUAGUUCAACAAGGUUCGGAAGAAAGUCAAAGUGUGCUAGAAAAAUUCUCUCCUGGAGCAGGAAAAGAAGUAGCUUUGUCCAUUGUACGUCAACUAGCGGCAAAUCUUGGUAUAACCCAAGCAGCCGAGCCUAGUCCAUUGUGCACAGAUAAAGAAGUGCAAUGGUGUAUGGAAGUGAUAUGUUUUGGAUUAUCUUUGCCCUUGGCUGAACAUGAUACAGUCAGAGACUGUGUUAAUGUGUAUUGCGAAUGGCUAUCAGCAUUGUACUCUACACCAAAGAUUUGUGUACCUACACCUAUUAUAGAUGAUCCUAAUUUCUAUGCCAGAAAAAUAAUAAGCCAUUUCCAUAAUUUAUUUGUUCCACGAAAAGGAGAAGUCUGGCCAUUUUUAUAUCAGGAUCUAGGAACUGACACAAUUAAUAGACAGGCUGUUUUGUGUCAUAGAGUACUUAGAACACUACAACAAAUUGCAAGAGGUCCAGCAAAUUUAGAAAGGGAAACGUGGGAAAGCUUGCUAUUGUUUUUGAUUGGAAUUAAUGAUGCCCUUUUAGCUCCUCCAGCAACCAGGGAAGAUGCUGGAGAACAGUUAUGUGAAAGAGUUCUAGGUGUACUUUUAGAGGUUUGGCUGGUGGCCUGUGAACGUAAUUUCCCUUCUCCACCGUUAUGGCGUACUUUACGGGAGUCUUGUCUUCGAUGGAGGCACAGAUUAGCAUUGGUAGAACAAUGGAAUCGCGUUUGUCUUGCUCUUACUGCAAGAUUAUUACAAAUUAUGUAUGGCCCAAUGUUCCCGGAACUAAAAAUAAGCGAAGAAGACUCUCAGCUUGUACCACCUACAAUGUCGGAUGAAGCGGUAGCUCAAGCAUGGUACAGACUUUUAAGAACUAUAGGAGACCCUGUAGAUUUAUGUAGACCGGCCGUUGUUUCGCAAACUCAGGCAUUUUUACAGUAUGCUAUUGCAAGUCCAAACGUCAUAGAUCCUUGUCAGCAUCCUUGCUUACAAAGUUUACCACAAAUAUUUCUGAAAGCCAUAAAAGGUAUAGCAGGUCAAGUUGAUGCUUUUCUUGGAGUUUCACAGGCAUGUUGCUGGGAAGAGUGUUGCGUUUCUUCUAUGGCAUCUGGAUCUGCUAGUAUUGGCAGUGGGGGUGUAGGGUGGGACAAAUCAAGUGGCAAAGAUCUGACACAGCCUUCUCCUACACCUCCAACACAGCGCAGACUUGCCAAAAGUUUCAGUGUUACUCCUUCUGCCGUCACUAAGGGAAUUCCAAAAGCUUCUUUAAUUGGCUUAACAACGAGUCGUGUUUCUAGUACACCACCCAUGUUAAUAUCAAACUCUGGUCCUUCAUCUGCUUCGAGUACAACCUCUAUGACAUCCUUGGUCCAAGACAUCAGACCUCCUUUAGCUCCGGGGCGCCCAAAAUGCAAUAGUAUAUUGCAUCUUUUUGGGGAAUGGUUGUUCGAAGCUGCAUUUAUAGGCACCGAUGGAUGGUCACAAAAUUUACCACAACCAUCGGGUGCGACGAAACGUCCGUCUUCUGUACUUGUCGAAGGUCCUAGUUCAUUACAAGAACCAAUUAACGAUGUUCCACCAACACUUUGCAUAGAUCGUUACGAAUCUGGAAGAGCAGAAGCGUUGGGUGCACUGUGUAGAAUAUUUUGCUCUAAAAAGACUGGAGAAGAAAUUUUACCGGUGUAUUUAGCUAGAUUUUAUCAAGCGAUGCAGCACGGACUCAAAGUUGACGAGUCUCGUGAAUGCGGCGAAACGUUAGCGAGCAUUCUUUUGAAUUCUGCGGAUUUAUUUCGUUUAGACUUAAAUGGAGUACAAGUAGUAGUGCCUGCGGUGAUAUCAGCAUUGGAAACUGUACUUCCGGAAAAGGAUUUAAAGUUAAAGUCCAGCAUAGUCUCAAAACCUGAUUUACGUAGAGCCUCCAUACAUUUAUUAAUAUCGAUGUUGGCGCUACCGCUUCAUUUUCAAAAUUUGACUAUUAAGGAAUUGCCAUCGUUUUCGAAUCCAAUGAUUCCGGACAAAGGUCACGUAACAUUUGCACAAUUAAAAUCAAGACUUAUGAACUUGCUUAUAAACGCACUGCAAGUUGAAACCGAUCCUCAGAAUACUCAUAUGUUAUUAGGGGCUCUAUUAUUAAGCGUACAAGACUCUGCGGCAGCAGAAGAAGUAGAACAAGUCACUCAACCCGAUACUAUCGCUCAUGAUUCCACCGUCAAUUUAUUAUCAUCAGUCACCAGCGAUUCAGCCAGUCAAAUAAGUAUAUCCAGUGAUCAACGAUCGCUCGGCGAGGCCUCUGAUAUUGCAACUCUUCAAGAGGAGUGUAUUGCAUUCGAUUCGGCUCAUGCGCUUUCGGUACGAGCAACAUAUUUGGUUUGCCAUAGAUUAAUAUCGUCAUGGAAAACGGACCUAAACAUUUCAUUGGCAGCUCUUGAAAUACUAUCUGGAUUGGCAAGAACACGCAUACGUGAAACAGCAAGGAAAUUAACAGAUGCAUUGGAAUGCAAACGUGCUGUAAAAUGGCUCUGCGAUUAUAUUGCCUAUCAAUGUUGGCGUCCUCCUCCAGCUCACUCAAAGGAUCUUCAUUCAUCCAUUGUUGCUGCUUUCAGUUGCUUAACUAUUUGGUUAACAGCUCAUUCACAAUUAUUACAAGAUAAAGAUUGCUUAACAACAGUUUUGGAAGUCGUCGAGCUUGGCGUAUCAGGAACGAAAAGUGUAGGGAAGCCUGGAGAACCUAUUAAAAUGAAAGAUGAAAAAGAACUGAAACCAGCUUCUAUGCGCGUCAGGGAUGCAGCUGAAGCACUGCUUACUGUUAUUCUCGAACAAGUUGGCUAUUUUCCAAGCGCAUGUGGAGCACAGUCAUUGUCAUCUUUAUUAGAUGAAGUUUCGCUUCUUCGACAUUGCAAUAGCUGGACAGGUGGUCGAGUACCGCGUCAAGCAGCAGUUGAAAGAUUUCGUUACUUCGUUGCCGAAAACGCUACUAUAUUAGCUUUAUUGGAGGAACCACUUGGAAAUGAUCAAGAUCCGCAACCCACUGUCACAGUAUUAAUACGUGGACCAUUUGGUAGACACGCAUGGACAAUGCAGCUUCGACAUUUGCCAAGACAUAGAUCAAGUAUAAGAAGUAUAACUACAAAUCCCGGUCGACCACUGCCAUUAGCAGAAGCUGCUCCAAGAACCGAUUAUAAACCUAAAUUCUUCCCUGAUAAUGUUGAUCGAAUUCCUCACUGCAAAGUUGAUGAAUCAAUACCAAGUCUCGAAGCAGUCAUGAAUGACAACAACGUGGUAAGAAAUGAGCAUCAAACGUUGUCCCAGUUAUUGGAACGUCAAAUGAACAUUGAGUCAAAGUAUUGCGAUGCAAAUGAGAAAGCAUCCGAUGAGAAAACAGAGGAGUGCGUACCUCCACAAAUUUGUCAUGAGUUUCAAACUGCGCGUCUCUUUUUAAGCCACUUUGGCUUCUUGAACAUGGAGCCUAAAGAGGACGACGAAUCAAGAAAUAAUGGCCUAAUUGCAUUAGAUCCGACUAUUCCAGGAUUUUGUCAGGAUUUAGAAACUUUGGAUAACAUUAGUCCAAGAAUGUGUGACACCGUAUACAUUUUUUAUGUUAAAGCAGGCCAGAAAACUGCGACAGAAAUAUUGUCUAACGUAUUGCACGAAGCAAACGUAUCACCAAAUUUUUUGGAAUUUUUAAAUUCCCUUGGAUGGCCAGUGUCGGUAUCAGCACAUGCUGGUUGGACAGGCCAUGUUUCCACAUCGUGGAGGGUGACUCCACAAUUAAAUGUACCACAACCAGCCCACAGUGAUCAUGGUGGAGCUUUGUACAAUGGUGAUACCCAUGUGCUUUAUUGGGCAGACGUUAGUUCAGAAAUUGCAUUUGUUGUGCCAACUCAAUCAAAUAAUAUGUUGAGUUCAGACUCAUUAGAAGAAGCAAGUUAUUCUAGCGAUAUUAGUGCUAAUCAAGUUUGGUUUGAGAAAAGUAUUAACGACAGUAACAGUUACCGGAAUUAUGGGACAGGCCAGAGUACUAUACAAACUUCACGGGCCAUGUCAUUAGAUCUAGAAAAGCAGCCCCCAAGUUUAACAGGAUCUAGCCCGUCCAGUUCCUCUAGCGCGGAUCCAGUUAAGCCAAGAAGAACUACAAAACAAGUUUUGCCUGUGCAAAGUGACAUUAAAAUCAUGGUCGUUUGGCUAGAAAGUUUGGAGGACUAUGCCCAAUUUCCAAUUGGUGAUCUUCUCUCUUGUACGUAUACCGGUCUUGAACAGACUAGAAUAAUCCAACCACCGGACGUGCAAGUUAUUUUUCUCCAAGCGCUCAGUAGCGGAUUAAUGAGAGUUAGAUUACAAGGUCCGGUUUCUAGAAUCAAUUUAGCUACCCCUUUAAUUGAUGGGAUGGUUGUGUCGAGAAGGGUAUUAGGAACGCUUGUUAGGCAAACGGCGUUGAAUAUGGGACGUAGAAAAAGGCUAGAUAACGAUAGCUAUCAUCCGCCGCACGUACGUAGGCGUUUAAAAAUCCAAGAAAUGGUACAAAAGUACAGAAAAAAUUUGACUGAUCCAGAAUUAUUAACACUAUUAUUUAGCAGCACUCAAACUUAUCAAGUGUAACGGAAUGGAUAAACGUCCAAUAAAAUUUGCAUUAAUAAUAUUAAAUCAUAUAUAACUGUAUAUAUGUUUUAAUAUAAAAAUUAUAGUAUAAAAUAAUAUAGUAUAGAAGUCUAUUUAUGAAAUCAGCACAAUAUUAAUAAUCCUAUAAAUGGAAUAUCAAUAUCUGCAACAAAAAUCUAAAGAUUUAAUAACUUUUUUAAUAAAAGGUAGGAAUAGUGGAGAA